CAUGGAGCGAGCACUGGAGAUGCGAGAGGAGAACCAGUCGAAGGGCAUCCUCGGCUACCGCUGCCGCCGGUGCGGCCAGCCCAAGCGCGGCCACGUCUGCCCCGCCCUCUCGAGCGAGGCGGUCGAGGGCGAGGAGGCGCUCGUCCGAAAGGGCGCCGAACUCGGCGCGUACGCGACGCAGCGCAUCAAGGAGGCGGCGGCGCGGCCCGUGGCACCGCCGCAGAGCCGGCCCAAGCAGCGGGCGCGCCCGCAGCAGACGCCUCAGCAGGGCCGCCCGCAAGGGGACCAGCUGUGGCAAGGCCCUCCUCCGGCUACUACGGGGCCGUCCUGGGGCGCGCAGAGGGCAGCUGCGGUCGCGGGGGGCCAGCCCUUCUGGGCGCAGCACCUUCCCGCCGGGGACGGCGCCCUGUCUCUCUCUGCGUUCGGCCGAGAGCCGCCGGGCGUCAGCGCCUUCCCGAGGCUCCCGAGGCCGCAGGAACAGGGCGGCGCCUACCCGCCUGUGGCAGGAGUCGGGAUGGCAGGGGCCGGGAUGGCAGGGGCAGGCGUCGGGACAGGAGCAGGGCCGCCUCCGCUGGUGGCGUAUGCAGGGGCGGGCGGCUACUACUACGCAGGCGCAGGGUACACCGCAGGGUACUACGGCGCCGCGUACGACGGCCACCCCUCGCAAGGGUACCCCCCCUCGCAAGGGUACCCCCCCUCGCAAGGGUACCCGCCGCAGGCGCCGUGCCCUGCGGCCAUGCCUCCCGCGAACGGCGGCGAGGGCUGGAGCGGAGCCGGCCAGGGCCAGGCAGGCGGCGGCGAGAGCGGCUACCCUCCCGCCGCCGCUCUCCCGCCAGGCUCUGCUCCAGCCUACUUCACGCUCCCGCCGCCUCCGCGGCCGCAGCUCAAGACCGGCCUCUCCGCCACCCUCAGCAGCAUCGGCCUCGGCCAAGACUGCAUGGACCCUGCCUUCGCGCCGGCCGCGCCGCCGGCCGCGGCAGCGCCCGACGCCGGCCCGCCCACCGACCAGUUCGACUUUGAGUUCCGCGAGCUGCAGCAGGCGAACGACCGGCCGACCGCCGCGCCGCUGCACCCUCACGCCGCGCACGCCGCCGGCCUUGCGCGCGGUGCCCACCCCGCCAUGGCCCACGCCGCCAUGCCACAGCACGUGGGCGCACCCGUCUACGCCGGCGGCUUCUACCCGCACCCCUACCCCAACCACCACUACCUCGACCCUUCCGCGACGCCGACGGCGGGCGCAAAAGGCGAUGGCGCGAGCCUGGGCGCGAGCCCGCGGCAGCUGGCCAGCCCGCAGCUGCUGCCGAGCCCCUGCUCACACGACCUCAGCUGGCAGGAGAUCGAGUCCGACCUGUGCGCUGGAGCCGCCGUGUGAGCCCUCUCCUCUCUGAGAGACUCGUCUCUCGCAAAGCCCGGGCGAGGAGUCGCGAUGACCCGCCGUCGUUUCUCGAGGAGCAAGUUGGGCGGACCGAUCGGUGCCGGUGACAGUGCGGCGUGGAUCAUGAGACAUGACGUAAUCGGUUGUGUGAGAACCUGUGAGUGAGACGCGUCAAGUGAGGCCGUUGGCCGCUUGUGGCCUGCCGUGCCCCGUGCGAUCAGUGACAGUGUAAAGCCGUGCCGUGCGUGUACACUUUGCUUCCCGCAAUAUUUGUCAAUUUGUGUUUGUCGAUGUCGUCGUGUGUGUUACGGCUUACG